AUAAUGGAAGGGUGCUGCAGGUUUCCCCCGGUCUCCAGUAAAGUGGAGCAGCAGAAGAUCCAGCUCUGAUCAGCAGCAGCUCCACACCUCUGUACUCAGACUGAUCUGCUGGAGGAACACCAUCAGCUCACCUGCAGCAGAAAUAAAUCCGGUUCCAAGUCUUCUCCUGUUUCGGGUGUCAAUUGCCCUACCUGGAUAAAAUUUAGCUUCACAAAUACAGAUUCAGAAGAUUUCACGAAAAUAUUAAGCUGCUGAACGAAGUGGAGAACAUGGAAUCCAGAGAAAUCUCCAAUACUCAGCCAACAUCCUCUCCUACACCUAGCAGACAAAUGCAGCAAAGCACAGGCAAGAAAACUCACCACUGUUCAGACUGUGGGAAGAGUUUUACCGAACAGAUUAAUCUCCAACAAUACCAGCGCAACCACACAGCAGAGAAACCAUAUCACUGCUUGGAGUGUUGGGAGAGUUUUAUUCAACAGAUUAAUCUCCAACACCGCCAGCUCAUUCACACAGGAGAUAAACCAUAUAAAUGCUCAGACUGUGGGAAGAGUUUUACUACACAGAGUCAUCUCAAAAGACACCAACGCAUUCACACUGGAGAAAAACCAUAUCACUGUACAGACUGUGGGAAAAGUUUUACUACACAUAGUAGUCUCCAUGAACACCAGCGCAUUCACACAGGAGAGAAACCGUAUCACUGUUUGGAGUGUGGAAAACAUUUCAGAAACCAGAGUAAUUUUGAAGCACACCAGCGCAUUCACACUGGAGAAAAACCAUAUAAUUGCUCAGACUGUGGGAAAAGUUUCACUAAACAGAGUCAUCUCCAACAACACCUGCGCAUUCACACAGGAGAGAAACCAUAUCACUGCUCAGAGUGUGGGAUGAGUUUUACUCAACAGGGUGGUCUCGAAAGACACCAGCGCAUUCACACUGGAGAAAAACCGUACCACUGUUUGGAGUGUGGGAAGAGUUUUAAUCAACAGAGUACUCUUGAAGCACACCAGCGUAUUCAUACUGGAGAGAAACCGUAUUACUGCUUAGACUGUGGAAAAAGUUUUAAUCAGCUGAGUAUUCUCAAAGCACACCAGCGCACUCACACUGGAGAGAAACCGUAUUACUGCUCAGACUGUGGAAAGAGUUAUGCUACACUGAGUAGUCUCAAAAGACACCACCGCAUUCACACUGGAGUGUAACUGUAUCAGUGCUCGGAGAGAAAAGCUUCGGGCAUUCAUAAACAUGGAUUAGAUGCAAGUGCAUUUAAAUAUACAAGGCAUUUACACACCUAUAUCCAUAAAGGAACCAUGGAAUUUCCAGGGGCAGCCCCAGACAUUUAGCAAAGUCAAGAAAACUACAAAUGCAAGUAAAAAAAGUACAUUCCAUUCUAUUCAUUCUCUGGGGCAAGCUAAAAGGCCCUUGGCUACCUCAGAGCUGGGUAAUACGUAGAGUGAUCCUGUAAUAGUUAAAAUGUAUGCAAAGGUUUAUUAUUUUGAUUUAUGUCAACAUACAUUUAUUCAUUGAUUUAUUUAUUAAGGCCUGAUGUAAAUAUUUGUUAACAGUCACUGUCUUUAUUUUAUGUGUUUGUUUCCGUAGUCUAGCCACUUUCCCCCUAUAGUAACUUAAAUGGUUUGUCCCAUUAGAUGAGUGAGUGAGGCUAGUCUGUUAAGUGGGACCAUGCAAACAUUGGUGGGGGGAGGCUGGCUGAGGGAGGACUCACCUGUUACUGAGAGGGUGCACAGGUUGGGUCAAGAUAGCAAAAAAGUGUGACUGGAUUUUUAAUUUACCUGUACUGAAUGAGUCAUGCUAAUAUUACUUUGUUUAUUUUCUGUUUGCACUGUUCUGUUUUUUUUUUUUUUCUGCACGCACUGUUAAUAAACUCACUAUUUUUGACUUAA